CCCUUCCUCAAUAAUUUCUCUGUUUCAAAAUUUCUCACUUGAAGUUUGAAUUUCUUUCUUUCAAUUCUUUCUCUUCCUAAUAUACUUGUUUGUAACAAAAAAAUGAGCAACAUAAGCAUGGUAGAGGCAAAGCUUCCACCAGGGUUCAGAUUCCAUCCAAGAGAUGAAGAGCUUGUGUGUGAUUACUUGAUGAAGAAGGUUACACAUAGUGAUUCUCUUCUCAUGAUUGAUGUUGACCUUAACAAGUGUGAGCCAUGGGAUAUUCCUGAAGCAGCAUGUGUGGGAGGGAAGGAGUGGUAUUUCUAUACACAAAGAGACCGAAAGUAUGCAACAGGACUGAGAACAAAUCGUGCAACUGCAUCAGGGUAUUGGAAGGCAACAGGGAAGGACAGAGCUAUCCUUCGCAAGGGCAGUCUUGUUGGGAUGAGAAAGACUUUAGUUUUCUAUCAAGGAAGGGCACCUAAAGGGAGAAAAACUGAAUGGGUCAUGCAUGAGUUUCGUAUUGAGGGUCCUCAUGGCCCUCCUAAAAUUUCUUCUUCUAAGGAAGAUUGGGUUUUGUGUAGGGUGUUCUACAAAAACAGAGAAAUUGCUGCAAAACCAAGCAUGGGUAGUUGCUAUGAUGACACAGGCUCUUCAUCUCUUCCAGCAUUAAUGGAUUCGUACAUAAGUUUUGACCAAGCUCAAUUCCAUGCAGAUGAAUAUGAGCAAGUGCCCUGCUUCUCCAUCUUUUCUCAAAACCAAACCAACCCAAUCUUCAAUAAUAUGGAACCAAAAUUACCUCCAUACAACAAUAACAAUAAUAAUAAUGCAAACACAUUUGGAGGAGCACCUAAUUUGGGUAAUUAUAGCUUAGACCCUUUAUCAUGUGAUAGAAAAGUGUUGAAAGCUGUUUUGACUCAACUAUCAAAAAUGGAAAGAAAUAACCCACUUAAUAAUAAUAAUAACAAUAAUAAUCAAAGUCUUAAAGGGUCACCAAGCUUAGGAGAAGGAAGUUCUGAGAGUUACUUAUCUGAAGUAGGUAUGCCCCACAUGUGGAACAAUUACUAAUGUGCUAUAAUGUGCAAUAUGGUGCAACAGCUGUAGAGGAUUCAAUUUCGAUGAGAAAACAUGCAAGGUCAAAAACAGUAUUUAUAUAUUUUUCUCAUGGUGUUAGCUAUUAAUAUAUGCCUAUCCACAUGAUAUGUCCUACUAUAUUAGAAACAUAGGACUUUGUAAUUGGAAUUUAUAAAUUUGUAGUUGAUUGUAGUUAGUGGAUGGAGGAUCAUUUUUCUUUUGUUAAAUUAAUCUCUAGUUUUAGUCUAUGUGAUAAAAAGAAUAUCAUAUUGUUUACA